AAAGGAUUAUGGUACCCUGGUGUUUGCGCCUGAAGGAAGGAUUUGUUUACUGAUAAGGAUAAGUACCUGGCAUCUUGGCCACCCACCAUGGUCUGUUGCGGGAGGUGGCAAUGGGCUCAUCUGUUAUGGGUUUUGGCUGUUUGGUGGUUCUGUUUUGGAUUCUGGAGGGUCAUAUCUGCAUGCCCAACCUCCUGCAAAUGUAGCUCAACCAGGAUUUCGUGCACUAAUCAAGAACCAGGUAUUGUGGCAUUUCCACGUCUGGCCUCAGCUUCAGACGCAAAAAACAUCACCGACAUUUACAUAUCAAAUCAACGCAAUUUAGAAAGCAUCAAUGGCAGUGAAGUUCUUCAGUACGGUGGACUGGUAAACCUGACUGUCAUCGAUUCUGGCCUCAAGUUUGUUUCACGGGAAGCAUUUCGAAACAAUCUACACCUCCAUUACAUUAAUUUCUCCAGGAAUAAACUAUCCAAUCUAUCCAGAAAGACAUUUCAUCACCUGAAUUUGACCCAUCUGAUUCUGACAGCUAACCCUCUUCAGUGCUCCUGUGACAAUAUGUGGAUUAAGCUGAUGCAAAGGGCAGCACUUUUUGGUUUAGAAACUCAGUCUUUAGAAUGUAUUAAUGAAAACAAGAAGAAAAAAAGCCUGGCCAGUAUGGACAUUCCCAGCUGUGGUGUACCUGAAGUCAGAAUCAGCCCAACAAACCUCAGUGUUGUUGGAGGAAAAGAUGACGCCUUGUAUUGUUACUUUAGUGGUGCUCCACCUCCAAAUGUGUCCUGGAACUUCAACAGCCUCACCACAGAGUAUAUGACUGAAUUGGAUACAUAUGUCAUCAUACUGAAGCUGACCAAUAUUUCAUCCAAUGAUAAUGGGAAAAUCAUUUCUUGUAUUGCUGAAAAUGCUGUGGGAGAGGAACAAGCUUCAGUACAAUUGGUGGUAUAUUUCAAGCCACAGAUCACAUUUUUGGAGAAGGGAAUCCCAGACCAUCACUGGUGCAUUCCAUUCAGUGUAAGGGGUAAUCCACCUCCAGCUCUCCAGUGGUUUCAUGAAGGAGCAAUCUUAAAUGAGACAGAUUACAUAUGGACUCAAAUUCAUGAGGUUAACCAAAGUGAACAUCACGGCUGUCUUCAGUUGGAUAACCCCACUCAUGUUAACAAUGGAUUGUACAGACUGCAUGCUCAGAAUGAAUAUGGAACAGAUGAACGCCAAGUCAUGGUUCAUUUUAUGGGAGCCCCAGCUCUGGAUACAUUUACAGAACCUACAGAAUACGUAGAGUGGACCACUGAAACAAGUUCACCAAACGUAGGCUUAACUACAGAUGAUGGAGAGGGAAAUUUGUCUACAGAUCCGUCCAAGACUGCUAAGGAGGACAGUGUUUCAGUCUACGUUGUUGUGGGCAUUGCAGCAAUAGUUUGCACUGGGCUCGUGAUAAUGCUAAUCAUUCUCAAAUUUGGAAAACAUUCAAAAUUUGGAAUCAAAGGUCAUUCAUCAGUUAUCAGUAAUGAUGAUGAUUCCGCAAGUCCUCUUCAUCAUGUCUCCAAUGGUAGUAAUACUCCAUCAUCAUCAGAAGGUGGACAAGAUGCUGUCAUUAUUGGAAUGACAAAAAUCCCCGUCAUUGAAAAUCCACAGUACUUUAGAAGUCCUAACAGUCUUCUCAAGUCUCACACCUUUGUGCAGCACAUCAAACGUCACAACAUCAUCUUGAAGAGAGAACUUGGUGAAGGGGCCUUUGGGAAAGUAUUCCUUGCUGAAUGUUAUAACCUUUGUCCUGAGCAGGACAAAAUCCUGGUAGCAGUAAAGACUUUAAAAGAAGCCAGUGACAAUGCCAGGAAAGACUUCCAUCGAGAAGCAGAAUUAUUGACAAAUUUACAACAUGAGCACAUUGUGACAUUCUAUGGAGUUUGUGUAGAAGGUGAUCCACUGAUCAUGGUAUUUGAAUACAUGAAGCAUGGGGACCUCAAUAAAUUUCUUAGGGCCCAUGGACCUGAUGCUGUUUUAAUGGCAGAGGGAAAUCGACCAGCAGAGCUGUCACAGUCUCAGAUGUUGCAUAUCGCUCAGCAGAUUGCAUCAGGAAUGGUUUACCUCGCAUCCCAACACUUUGUGCACAGGGAUUUGGCCACUAGAAACUGUCUUGUAGGAGAAAACCUUCUCGUGAAGAUCGGAGACUUUGGAAUGUCAAGGGAUGUUUACAGCACUGACUACUACCGGGUCGGUGGUCACACUAUGCUGCCUAUACGCUGGAUGCCACCCGAAAGUAUCAUGUACAGGAAGUUUACAACGGAGAGUGAUGUCUGGAGUCUAGGUGUAGUACUAUGGGAAAUAUUUACCUAUGGGAAACAACCAUGGUACCAGCUAUCCAACAAUGAGGUAAUUGAAUGUAUUACUCAGGGACGGGUUCUGCAGCGUCCCCGGACAUGCCCAAAAGAAGUCUAUGACCUGAUGUUGGGCUGCUGGCAGCGAGAGCCCCAUAUGAGACUCAGCAUUAAGGAAAUUCACUGUCUUCUGCAGAAUUUGGCAAAGGCAUCCCCAGUCUACCUGGACAUACUUGGCUGAUGCUUCUACAAGCUGGAUGCUUUGUGUGAGCAUGCAUGCGUGCUACUGAAUUCUUGGAAACUUGCCCUUACCUCUGACAGUGUUAUUGAUGAAAACAAAGAGAAGCUUUGAAAAGGGCAGGCAACAUAAACUCCUCCAUGUGUAGACACAUUAUUGACUUUAAAUCCUAUCUUUCUCUUUCGCUCUUUUUCUCUGUCCCUAAUCAAUCAGGCUUCUGCGUUAUUGUACCUGCAUAGACGAUGAAGGCCUUAAAUCUGAUCUGUUUAUCUAGAGAUGCUCAAAGUCAUCCUCCAUUACAAAAUAAAAUUGCCUUCUUGCAUUCUUGCCUUUUGAUGUGGAUGAAAAAAGGGAAAAUGAUGACUGGAACUUAAAUGAAUAUUGCUCUGUGUGUGUAUAUAGAUCUGUAUGAAUAUAUAUAUAUAUAUAUAUAUAUAUAUAUAUAUAUAUAUAUAUAUAUAUAUAUAUAUAUAUGCCUAUACAUAUAUGUAAUCCAAAUUUAUAUGGAUUUGCUUGGCCAUUUUCUUUUUUCUUUUAUUUGCUCAAAUCCAGGAAACCAAGACUGAUAUUAGACUGUAAACUAACAUGAGAUGCAAGAAUGGGUAUACAAAGUAAUCAUGUCAAACAAGGAAAAAGGAAUAUUGUUGGACUGUGCUGCAAUUAUCUCUCCAGCUGCAUCUGUUAGGCCUGAACCCUAACUGACCGACACUGCAGCUUUAAUACUGAAGAAAAAGAUCAGGAUACAAAAUACUUUGACAUUAAUUUUGGGACAUAACUGCAUCACUUUUCUGCUUUUAAUGUCUUUAUUUUUGUCCUAGUUAUCAUCAUCUGCAGUACAAUAUUCACUGAUAAAGGGACAUGCUGACGACAUAAAAUGUACACAGUACAGUAUUACAUGCUAAAAUUGUAUUUCCUGAAACAAUGUUUCAUUGUGAUUGUACUAAUGUCUUCUUCAGACAGCCUUAUGAACUUCAGAUUGUAUGUAGUUUGCUCUAAUGUACAGUAUUAAUUUCAGGGUCAACUGCUGAUGGUGACAGACCUCUGUAAUGUAGCACUUGCAAUUGUGAAGGCAAAUUAUCAAAAAAUAACAUAUUAAAAAUCAUGGUAAUUUUCUUUGUUUAGUUGUGUGAGCAAAUUCUACAUGGUUUUACUUCCUGUAUCCAUGUGGAAAAAAAUAACUCAUAUCCUGCACUCUGUUACUGUUACGCCAGGUAUCGGUAGUUGUGCAUUAUAUGCUUAGUAAAUAAAUAGUAAUAUAUUUGACAUUUUACCUUCAGUGUUAUGAUUAUACAUCUAUUAGUAAUAUGAUAAUAAAAAUGCAUAGUUUGUGAAGCAAAUUAUGCAGUUAAACCCUUGAGAAUGUGAAACACGAAGCCACAGUUUUAUCUUUUUCUAUUUUAGUAGAGGCUGAAACCUCUGGAUUCCAUUUUAUAUGGAACUUAUAAUAGGGCAUUCUUUACUUGAUAAGCCUUACUGCAUGAAUACUUUGUUAAACACAAUGUUUGGUUGAUGGGCUUAACUCUAACUCAUCAGCUACAGACUAUUGUAGAAACAUAUGACUAAUACUAAUGCUGAGAAUACAAAUGAUUUUAAUAUAUUUUAAAAAGGACUCCCUGUUUCUAAAAACUGUCAAGAUUCCUUGGUGACAGGGGGCAUUUGUACCUAUUAGAAACAUAAUGUAAUGACUUUUCAGUUUUGUUGUACACAUUUAUACGUUACCAUAAAUAUUUGUUUUAAUUCUAUUUUCAUUUUAAAUAAGUUCAUAUUUUAUUUUUAUUUCCAUUGAAUAAUUUAUUUACAAAUGCACUUUUCAAAUUGCACACACAUGAUCUGACCACUUUACUGUCACCUAUAAAAUUAAACCUUUCUGUCAUUUGAUGUCAGCAAAGCAGUAAGAGUGGAAAGGAAGCAGUAAAAAGAGGCCAACCAGAAAGUUAAAUUAUUAUAGCUGGUAAAAGAGUGCAAUUUCUGUAGUACAAGACCAACUGGAAUGAACAGUUUAGAGCGAAGAUCAUGGGAACAAUUAGAAUGUAAAAUCCCUUCUGUUAGGGCAAAAUCUCCAAAGCAAAUUCUUCAAGUGCUAAUAGUUUGCCGGUGCUGUAAAAUAUACUUUAGAGAUGUAAGACAGCAGUAGGCAAGAAAGCCUAUGAUAUGACAAUCAGGCACACUGUCUUUUUUUAAUUUUUUUUUUUGUUUUGUUUUUUUUUUUUUUGUCUGGUGUGUGCAGAAGAAGUGUUCUUUUUGAAUAUAUAGUUAUUAAUAUUAUCUUCUUGGAGGUCCAGAAAUUUUUGGUGGGUUAUAAAUAUUAUGGGAUUACAGUACAGUGUAUAGCUUGUCAAGGUUUCAUUUUAUACAUUGUUAUAGAUUGUAAGCUAUGUCCAACCAGAAGGAUUGAGAAAAGAAAGUCAAUAAAUGGCAAUCAUGUUUUCUUUAGCAAUUGUCUCACAAAUUGCCUACAUUGUAGUUCAGACGUUAUGCAACAUGCUGACGUAUGCAAAAAGAUGCCCAAGUACUCAUGGCUACUCUUGAGAUCUACAGUUUGAAGCUGGUCACUGAUAAUUAUAUUGGUCCUUGUACAGAAACGCAGUUUAUUCACAAGAAAGCAAGCAUUCUUUGUAUUUCCAUUCAUUUAUAAACAGAUGGCAGCUUAAGAGCAUUCAAGUUCAGAGGUACGCUAGCAAGCAGUAAACAGGAACUUUUUCAUUUUUCUUGCAAUAUAUUUCUGUAAGUUAGAUUAAAUGAGAUGAAAACAUAAACGUUAUGUGGAACAGUUAUAAAGAACAUUAACAGUAUUUUGUCAUGUAACUAUGAUAACAUGUACCUUCUGCAAAUGAGCUAUGUCUUAUGGUCUGAAGGUUUGGAUCAAGACUGGCUGAAAACUAGAUAGCAUGCCUAAAUCAAAGAUUUGCCCAGACUUCAUCUUUGUAAACGCUGAUGAAUGUAUUCCUCUUUAACAAUGCCUUUAGAACUGAUAAUAUCUAAGCCAGUAGUCAACAUGCCUAGAUGAGAUGUAGCAAAGAUAACUAGAAGAUGUUAAUAUUGUGAGAAGCAGUAGAACAGAAGAGAACACACUAGGUUCCCUGUCCUGCAGUUUAACAGAUAUUAGUUUUAUGUUGUCCAGAAAUGGAUUGCAUAACUAUUCUCAGAUCUGGAAUCAAUCAAUGCUGCUCUAAAUCAUUUUAAAGGGCCUAAAUACACUUUAUUAUUUUCAUUACUGUAAUAGCCAUUAAGCAGAAGGUUCUAGAACAGGAAAACACUGUGAAAUAAAUGUUAGCCCCAUCCAUGCAUUUUGUCAUAAGUUAGUUUCUCAAUCACAUGGUGGUAAAUAUAUAUAGCAACAGCAAGCAAGACUUGACAGUUGGCAUCACGGCUGUUUGUCUGUGGUAAUUUAACAGUGAAACCUCAAUCAACCAUAUCUGAAUAUGUGCCAUCAGAUGUAGUCUGAGCACCCUGACAUGCUGAGGGAGCCUGAAACAGACAAGUAUCUAAUCAUAUCAUUGUAUUGUACAUACAGUGCAGUAAAUAGAGAAUAAUUUUUUACUUAAUUUGGGAAAAAUAUGAAAAAUUUGAUGAACACCUCUGUUGGUAGGACAUGAUUUAAAAAUAUUCUGGUGAAGUAAAAAUGUAUUGUUCCAGCCAUUUUUGCAGGAUUGUAAGUACCUGUGAAAACUGAUUAGCCAUUAUCAUUAUAAAAAGUGCUGAUCAACUGCAAAUUAUCUAUGCUUUCCAUCAGUUCUAUCCUUGUUACAAAAUGGAGAACAGUGCUAUGCAUUUUCACAGUUUAUUGGCAGUUUUGCACAUGGAAGUGCUAAGUUGGGUGUCAAGUUAAUAAAUAUCCUGGAUUGUCACCUCUAACAUUGUUAUUACUGAAACUGUGACCUAAUGUUAUGAACUUUUUUUAAUGGUUAUGUAAUGUCCUUUUUUUUUGGUAAAAAAAAAUCAACUGUAGUUGUUAUUUUGCAGUUUUCCUGUGACCAUUCAUUGCUUGAGAUAUCCAUUGCAUCUUGGCUGAUAACUGUGUACUGCCUGACUGUAAAUGUUAUGUUACUGUUUGUGAAUCCCGUGGCCAGCUUUUCAAUCUGAAAUGGAAAGUCUCUUGUAAUACAGUGUACUUGAUAAAAGUAUUACGUCUUACAAUAAAUGAUGUCAUCAGAAACACA